GCACAAUCACAAUGCACAUAACCUCUUUGAAACAUCGUGUAAAAAUUGUAAACAAGUCUUAGAAAAUAUCUAAUCAUUUUCAUUUAUAAUGAAUGUUGAAGUAAGAGUAACAGAUUCCUCAAAGGGCAAAGGGUUGUAUGCCAAAUGUAAAAUUCUCAAAGAGUCGCUUAUUUUUGAAGAAGAUCCUUUAGUGUCUUGUCAGUUUUCUUGGAAUUCUGCCUAUCGAUAUCUAGCUUGUGAUCAUUGCCUUAGGCCUCUAGAAACUGCUCAAGAGAAUGCUAGUCGUUUAUCUGGUCAUCCAAUAGAUUUACCAUAUCCAGAAUGUUGUACAACUGACAAGAGCAAAUUUACAAAAUGUUCUACUUGCUUUACACAAUACUGUUCUGAAGAAUGUAAAACUCAAGCUUUAGAACAAUACCAUAGUAUAAUUUGCCUUCAAACACAAGAUAAAAAUAGUGCUCAUCCUCUAGAACAGUUAAAUGAAGCUUGGAAACAGGUUCAUUAUCCUCCAGAAACUAACAGUAUAUUCCUAAUAGUUCGCCUCUUGGCAAGGAUAUUGAAAGCUCCUAAUAAAGAGAUUGCUAUUGCACAAACCCUCCAGUUUUGUCAUAGAACUGUCAAUGAAGAUGCUGACUUGGCCCAUAAGCUUUUAGGUGACAAAUUUGCUGAUCAAUUAUCACUUCUACAUAAUAAGUUUAUUGCUGUAGUACCUCAUGAAGGUAUUGAACAAUUUUUGAGUUAUGAAGGAUUCUUGAGCCUUUUGGCACUUAUUGGUACAAAUGGACAAGGUGUUGGUACCAGUGCAAUUAGUGAAUGGGCAAGAAAUGCUGAAAGUCUCCUACUUUCUGAUGAUGAUAAAAAAGUUCUAGACUCUUUUAUAGACCACCUUUAUCAACAAAUGGAUGAGAAUGUUGGUGAGUUUCUUAAUAAUGAAGGAGUGGCUUUAUACAGUCUACAAAGUACCUGCAAUCACAGCUGUUCCCCUAAUGCUGAACCAAAAUUUCUCCACAAUAAUCACAGGCUCUCUUUAGUGGCAACUCAAGAUAUUGAAGAAGGUGAAGAGAUCUUCAUCAGUUACCUUGAUGAGUGUUUUUUAAAUAGGUCGAGACAUUCCAGGAUGAAAGAGUUAAUGAGGAACUAUCUUUUUGUCUGCCAAUGUCCAAAAUGUGAAUCAGAAGCUGAUCAAGAAGAUGUUACUAGUGAAGAAGAAGAAGAUAUGAGUGAAUAACAUAAUUAAUUGCUUUAUUUUUUAUUAAUAAACAUCAUUUUCAUAUUA